AUGCAAGAUUCGGCCGGGGCGUUUCUGGACUGUAUUCCCGUUCGGGUUAACACGACAGGCUUCGCCGUUAGUGCAUCUUAUACUGGUAUGGAACCCAUGGUUCAACAGCUUGCCCAGCAGGUCCAGAAACAACAUAUCGCCGGUCUAUCGGACCACACUGUUGGGCUUAGCCAUCUCGUCCGGUCAGGGUGUAUUAGAUGGAAGCAGGAACGCUUCUCAUCAGUCGUUCAGUACCAGAACCUACCCGCUUCCGACGCUACAGCUGUAUCCUCUAUUCAAUACGGCCCACUUGAGGGGACGAGCAUUGAAAUCAAUGGCCGAUCCGGAGCAUACGCUGACGUGUGGGUUACUGCGUCGCCUACUGAUGCUAAGACAAUCGAGCUGGAACUACACGGGUGA